CUCCGGCGACCCGAGCGUGCUCCUGGCAGCGCUGCCGGAGAGGAAGCGUCCCCGGAUGCCUGCCCCGUCGCUGACCGGGCCGGGCCGGGCGAGAAGCCGGGGCGCAGGCAGAUUCCGGGCCGAGCACCGCCGGGACUGAGGGAGGGACGGUGAAGGGGGCGGGUGGAAGCUGCCCGGUGCUGCUCCGGGCCCACCUCGCCGCGGCGUCAGUCAGCCCCUGGCUGCACGCCCCCGGCGCCCGCCCGUUCGUGGGGUGUUUAGAUCCUCCUUCAGCCGAACCCAACUUCGUCCAAGAGAAACUGAAUCGCCGUCGCGUUGCAGUUUGAGCUGCUGGAAGCCCGUCCCGCAGCCUCAGAUUUGUAGCUGAUUGUUCACAUGUGUCCGGGGGGAGAUGAAGUGCAUCGGAUCCCGCGCAGUUUGGCCUUGCAUGGCAGUCAUCCUGCUCCUCCCUGCUUCUACUGCUGUGGCCGUCAGUGACCAGACAGGUUCUGGGUGUCCUUUAAUGCAAACAGCUAUUCAUCAUCUCAAGCAGGCCAACAGAGACAGUCUUGGUGUUUCAGGGUUUGAUCUCACAGAAAGCUUUUCUUUACGACAAACGUCUUGUGGAGGGGAAAAAAUCUGCUUUAAACUGGGAAGCGCUCCUCUCAUCAGAGAAACGAGGCAAGUAUUUCCAAAUGGGCUUCCUGAAGAAUACUCUCUAGUUGCUACAUUCCGGAUACGACGAAAUACCAAGAAAGAGCGUUGGUAUAUAUGGCAAAUCUUAAAUCAGCGUGAUAUUCCUGAGAUCUCUGUGCUUCUGGAUGGUUCAAAAAAGGUUGUGGAGUAUAUGACCAAAUCUGCUCAGGGGAAUAUACUACAUUACACUUUUAAGAGUCGAGAAAUUUAUCCAUUGUUCGAUCGGCAGUGGCAUAAACUUGGUAUUAGCGUGCAGUCGGGGAUCAUUUCCCUCUAUUUGGAUUGUAAUUUAAUUGAGAGAAAGCAGACUGAUGAAAAAUUCACCAUUGACUUUCAGGGAAGGACUCUGAUUGCUUCUCGCGCUGCAGAUGAUAAGCCUGUGGAUAUUGAACUUUACCGCAUAACAGUUUAUUGUAAUCCAAAAGUUGCAACAGAAGAUACGUGUUGUGAAAUAUCUGCGGACCUGUGCCCACAUGAGGACAGAUUACUUGCUACUACUUCAUCACCAGUGUCUGCUCAUGCCAGCAAAAUAUACACUCUUCCAGGAACACAGCAAGAAUCUACGGACAGAUGCCACUGCUUUCCAACUAAAGGAGAAGCAGGAUUACCAGGAGUUGCUGGUUUGCCAGGCCAGAAAGGGCAUAAAGGUGAAAAGGGUGAGAUGGGUGCAAAAGGACAGGAUGGUGCUGCUGGUCUUCCUGGUGAAAAGGGGGACACUGGCUUAGUGGGUGCUCCUGGCAUACCUGGUCUUACUGGUUCCAAGGGUGAACAUGGCCUUCCUGGUAGUAAAGGGGAAGAAGGUGAAAAGGGUGAAAAAGGAGAAAAAGGAGAACCAGGACCAGAAGGCAUUCAUGGAAGAGAGGGACUAAAAGGUGACCCUGGUAGUCCUGGUGUGGCUGGUCCUAAAGGAGAAAAGGGAGAAGCAGGACCUCCAGGACCAGCUGCCUUAAGUGGUUUGCCAGGGCUGGAGGGUCCCCAAGGUCCACCUGGCAAAGAAGGUCAAAGGGGAAGAAGAGGCAAGCCAGGCCUCCCUGGAAAACCGGGACCGCCAGGACCUCCCGGUCCUUCUGGAUUAGAAGGAAUUCUGGAUUCAUUGAACAGGCAUUAUAAUGAGAGUGAUACAAGACUAAUAGGAUUACUUGGGACCCCAGGAUCUGAAGGCCAAAAGGGAGAAAUUGGUCAGAAAGGAGAAAUAGGAAUGCCAGGUGCAAAGGGUGAAAAGGGAGAAAAGGGGUACAAGGGAGAUCCAGGAGAAAUUGGAAAGGAGGGAUCAAAAGGAAAUAAGGGUGAAACAGGAGACCCUGGACCACCUGGUCUCAUUGGAAAUCCAGGAUCUAAGGGACUGCAAGGACCUCCAGGACCUAUAGGACCCAGGGGAGAACCAGGAGAAGUUGGCUUACCAGGAGAGCAUGGGUUACCAGGAAUGCCCGGAGUUAAAGGAGAAAAGGGUGACCCUGGCGGGAUCAUGGGACCUCCUGGACACCCAGGUCCAAAAGGUGAGGUGGGGCCACCUGGACCAAGUCUGCCUGGAAGACCAGGUUCCGCUGGUAUUCCUGGAAACCCAGGUCCACGAGGACCAAAGGGAGAAAGAGGACUGCCUGGUCUUCAAGGAGCCCCUGGAGAGAUAGGGCCUCCAGGAAUAGGUAUUCAGGGAUCACCAGGUCCUAUAGGGCCAACUGGAUCUACAGGCGUUCAGGGCCCUAGAGGGCCUCCAGGAUUACCAGGAACUCCAGGUACCCCCGGUAUUAAUGGCACUCCAGGAAGAGAUGGAAAGCCAGGACUGCCAGGCCCUCCAGGCGAUCCAAUUGCGCUGCCGCUAGUGGGAGACAUGGGUACUAUACUGAAGGGUGACCCAGGCACAAGAGGUCCUCCAGGCAUCCCUGGUAGAGAGGGGCCAAAGGGAAGCAAAGGUGAACGUGGAUUUCCUGGACUUGCUGGAGAGAAGGGUGAUGAGGGCCUUCAAGGUGUUCCUGGGCUGCCCGGUGUACCAGGACCCAGUGGACCGUCUGGAGCCAUGGGAAGACCUGGGCAUCCUGGUCCUGCUGGGUCAAAAGGCGAAAAGGGUAGUGAAGGCUCUCCCGGGAAGCCUGGACCUCCUGGACCUCCGGGUGUUCCUUACAAUGAAAGAAAUGGAAUGAGCAGCUUAUAUAAACUCCAGGGAGGUGCAAGUGUCACAAGUUAUCCAGGUCCACCAGGACCUCCAGGUCCAAAAGGAGAUCCUGGCACAGUGGGCGACCCAGGACCAAUGGGAUUACCAGGACUAGAAGGACUCCCAGGGGAAAAGGGUGACCGUGGACCAGCUGGCACUCCAGGAGCAGCAGGGAUACCAGGAAAGCCAGGAUCCCCAGGGUCCCCAGGGCUGCCAGGAGAACCUGGUGAAAGAGGACCUAUAGGAGAUACAGGCUUCCCAGGGCCAGAAGGACCACAGGGAAAACCAGGAAUCAAUGGAAAAGAUGGACUGCCAGGUCCUCCGGGUGCUGUGGGGAGACCAGGGGACCGAGGGCCCAAAGGAGAACGUGGAGAUCAGGGUAUUCCAGGAGACAAAGGUCCACAAGGUGAAAGAGGGAGGCCUGGCCCAUCAGGAGAAAAGGGGGCCAUGGGGCCUAUUGGGCCACCAGGAGACAGAGGCCAUCCAGGAUCACCAGGUCAUCAAGGUCCUCCAGGUUCACCAGGCCCCCCAGGUUUCCUGACUGAUACAGGUUCACUUGAAGAACUAAAAAAAUAUAUCAAACAAGAGGUUCUUAAGGUUUUUGAAGAAAGGAUGGCUCAGUUUAUGUCCCAGUUGAAGUUGCCUGCUGCAUUGCUCGCCUCCCAAGCUCAUGGGAAACCAGGACCCCCAGGAAAAGAUGGUUUACCAGGGCCCCCAGGAAAGGAUGGUUUACCAGGACCACCUGGGGAACGUGGGCUUCAAGGUUACAGAGGACAGAAAGGGGAAAGAGGUGAACCUGGAAUUGGACUGCCUGGUAAUCCUGGACCUCCUGGCCAUGCAGCUACUGGCCUGCCAGGCCCUCCAGGAACUCCAGGGUCACCCGGACCACAGGGGCCACCUGGACCCAAUGGAAGAUGCAAUCCAGCAGAUUGCUAUUACCACGUGUCACAGACCCGGCCACGCACCAGUGGGAAAUAAAACUCUCUCCCACAGACACUUGAGUUCACAAUCACUUUUCACUCUUCUCGAUAAGUUAAUUUAAUUUGAAAUACUUGGUGCAUUUUUUGUCCCUGUGACACUGCAUGAUCUGUAGAUAAUUUAUAAGGGACGGAAUUGAGCCGUUAUCUAUUCUAUUUGCAGUGUCAUAAUUAUGAUAACAUUUAUUUUUCAGAGUGCAUUCCAUGUGUUAUGUUUCUCAUAUUUAUUUUGCUUAGAGGAGAAAAUAGGCCCAAAUAAUUUUUAUGAGCUUCAUUGGUGGUGACUGCAGGAUCUUAGCUGGAGUGCUGGGAACUCUAUUUAGACUCAAUGUUACUGACCUGAGAAGGCUCCAGCACCCACUCUGAACCAGGUUUGGGUCAUGGAUGCUACCAACUGUUUCUAUAGCUUUCUAGAGGUUACAGGAGGAAGCAAAUAUAUUUUUAUGAUCUCUCUACUCCCAUCCAAUUCAGAUUAAUACUGACUGGGAGUACACAAGGUGCUGCCCCAAGGAAGGUGAAUGCUAUUCCACCUGAGAACUUGAACUUUGGUUUAGUCAUGGUUGCAUAUACUCCAGGUGUAAAACUGCUAAGAACUCAUGGUGUUGUCCUUAACUAGCAUCUGCCACAUUUUCUAAUGGUGAUAUAAACUUAGCAAGUAUGUCGUCAUUGCCUGCAAUUAAGCUACUCUGCCAUUAUGUCUGCUUACAGAAAAAGACGUCUGGCACAGGUACACGUAUUAGCAGUGAAAGGAGGAACCUUCAGAAGUCCCUAAUCUUACAAAUGGCAGAGUUUUCCUCUUUCUCCUGCUACAAGUACAUACUGAAAUAAUCUUGAGAAGAACUUGAAAACAGUAGAAUGCAAAAUUUGCAGGUCCUGGUAACUGGCUGCAAAAACAACUUGAGUUCGGGAGAGAUUCAGAAAAAUUAGGAAUCUGUCCUUGGAAAGGUGUCAUGUGUAGAGCUUGAUUGCAUUCAGCUUGCAAACAUAGGAAGGAUAAAUCCUACAAGAUCAGACACUGUUGAGAAAGAACACAAGAGAAGAAAAUGUGAGUCCUGCACAGCUCAGAGGACUGAACAAAAGAAAAGAUGGAGAAAACCAAUUGUACAGUGGCAAAUUCUGAGAAGGCAGGAGAAGAGUUGUAUGCAGUUUCACUCUUGAUGCCUAGGGUUGUCUGUUUCCUAAUUUAAUCCUAAGGAAUUGACUACAGUGUAAUAGAAAUUGCAAGUGCUAUUAAGAGACUCUGGGCAGCUAUAGUCCAAGCUCACGGCACAUAAGCAGCACUGCAGCCUCUUGUGCUGUUCCUAGAGAGAUAGCAGUGCUGUCCUACUGUAGGCCACUGAGUGGUUCUGAUAACCUUCAUGCUGCAGAAGUGCUGAGGGAGCCAACUUCUGCAUCAGCCAUCAGGGAAGCAUUCCAGACGGGAAGCACUGGAUUCUGGAGAAGCUCUUCUGAGAAAUUAACGUCUGGUUUCUUUUUGCUUAAAAACAGAAAGAAAAUAAUGGUGAGAUACUUAUUAGAAUUGUAUUGGCAUUUGUUCUGAAUAGAGUUCCUAGCACUUGUAUCUAGUCCAAGAGGAGAAAGAUGUGUUAAUGUUAGGUAGUCAGAGAACAUGACAAGCCUUCAGGCACACUUUCUGAGGAGAACUAACCCUAAGAACAGCCUCUGGGUGUUACUUAGUCUAUUAAUCAGUCAGAUAUUUUGAGGGAAGAAGGUGCUUCCCUCAAAUACAAGGAAGAUGUUUAAAUGAAUGGGGUUGGAACACUGGCAGGUGGCCAGCUAGCGCAGGAGAGGUUAACCAGAAGGAGGGUGCUAGAAAACCUGUGGCAUGUCAUGAAACCGUUCUCCAAGGGAAUCUGUGAACUACAGUAUGCCAGCAGCUUGGGGCAUGUUUGAGGGGCUCAACAAGUGUGUUGGUGAGCAUGGAGGCAGAUGGCUCAAAGCCUUAUGGACAUCCUUCAGCUCUUAGCCUCCUCUUUUGCUCAUCCCUUGGUGGGGGCUGGCCCAGGUCUGCUCUGCAAGUGGUGGGUGCCCAUUCCUUGUGAAGGCACACAGCGAACAGCUCUUCCCUCCGCUGUGCAGCUCAGCACCUGCUGCUUCUCUUUCACACCUCCUGUGCCUGGAGAGCGUGAUUUGGCUUCCCUUCAGUGUUACAGCUGCUCCAGGGCUGGUCUCCUGUUCUCGGGCCUCUGCGGUCAGGCAGUUUGAGAGACUCUUUGUGUGCACCAACAGCUGCUGGGUCCUGAAAUGGGCCCUGCACACUACUUUCAGUCCACUCAAAGAACUGCUGGUCAGGCGUCCUGCAUGAACGCUUCUUUUUAAUUCUCUAGUAAUUCCAAUUUAUGUCAAAUCCAAAUAUUUUUUUACUUUCUGCAUUAAUUAUAAACUUCAUUUUCUGUGACAAUAUCAAAAAGGGUGCUGUUUUUUAGGGAACAUCACAGGACUGAAAGGUCUCUGCGCAGCCCUCUUCCUGGAACGCUGUAUAUAGGCUGCCACGCGCUGUUGGGUUAUGUGUAUAUUUUGGGGCUUUUAACUAGCUGAAACUGGGCACUUGUUACUUGCCAGAUGCUACUUCUGUUUGUUAAUUUACUUGAACUGAUCAGAAAGUAGAUCACUUUUUGUAUUUGAAGAAUUUUAUUUUUUCAUCUUUGUUUCCUACAGAUGCCUUGUUCUUUUCUUGGGGUUCAAAGCUACAGGUCUUUUAAAAUGUAUUUAAACUUUGAAUUUGCUUAGGUAAUUAUACUUGAUGUAUUUUUUUAUUAUUAUUAUUUUUCUAAAAGCCCAAAUCAAUUUUCUCAUGUGAGAAAGCGGGUAUUUUGUGAUAUGGGCUGUCUCGUUACUUUUUUUUUAAGAUACCAUGUUCCUCACAUGGGGUGAACAGAGUUCCUCCUGGCAUGACUUUCCAUCACACUGGGUGCUCCAACACGGUGUAUUUAGAAUUGAAAGCAGGCUGUAUCUGGAAACAUGUCUGGGUAGUUUGCAGGUUUGGUCCCUGAAAUUUGUUUGCAGUUUCAUACUGAUACUGUCUUAGGUUUUGGGACAGGGAGCCUGGGAGGGCAAAUAGGUGUUAAUCUGUUCUGUGAUUUGCUUUAUCAUAGAAUCAUAGAAUGGCUUGAGCUGGAAGGGAUGUUAAAGACCAUCCAGUUCUAACCCUCUGCUAUGGGCAGAUAUACUUCCCUCUACAUCAGGCUGCCCGGAGGCCCAGCCAGCCUGACCUUCAAUGCCUCCUGGUAUGAGGCAUCCAUGGCAUCAAUUUUGUAUGUUUUGAGCAGUCUGUGCUGCAGUAAACUUUGCAAGAAACUAAACAGGGACAAUUACUUCAGUAGCACAAGGUAUUUCUCUGAUUUGGGGAUGUUUGCCUACAAUUUUGACCUGAAAUGUCUUUGACAAAAUAGUUGAAAUCUUUCUUAAAAAUGAAGCCACGGACAGCACUACCCAGUUUGCCUGAAGAAAGAAAUAACAAAUGUAGGCAGGGUGAAACACUCUGAGGCUGCAGCACAGCUGCUGUUGCUCACCAGGAGGUUCAGGGCACCAUCCCAGCACAGGUGAGGAGACAAAGGCUGAAUUCAGCAGCACAAGAAAUGACGCGGUGCUGGGUAGGUGCACAGCACAAGAGUUUGCAUUUCUGGUUUUCUUCUUGAGCCUGGUAUUUUUUCCUAAAAUCCAUUUAUUUUUACAUGGUGGUUUAUACAGAAGUACCACCUUUCUUGAGUAAUUAUUUUCAGGUAGUGUUGCUUAGGUUAUUUGUGUUUUGUGUAUGUACAUGUAACAGAAGAACAUGCCGUAGCAGAACCUGCUGCUCUCAGGCCUCCUUUCUGCCAGUAUCUGUAGGGGAGCAGUGAGUCUGCAAGGUUAAUAAAAAUCAAAGCAGUGCAAUCACACAGUUGUGCAAUCACACGGUUGUACAGUCAAGUAGCAGUGCAGCCUGCCUGGUAAUGUUUUAGGAACCAAUAUUGUUGUCUUAAACUGGAUUUGGUUUCAAUGCUAAAAAAGCACUGUGAUAAGGAAACAGGAUUGAGCGCGUUGUCAAUCCUCCCUUUGUUUUAUGAUUGUGCAUUAUGACAGAUGUUAGAUAUGCACAGCUUUGUUAAAUAUGCAUAUUUUUAAAAUUAAUGGAUAAUCACACAAAAUAUUUUGGCACUUAUUUUUCACAAUGGUGAAAUACUUCUGUUGUUGGCGUACGCUUUUUUUUCUUGUUCUGUAAUGUUUACAUAGGAGUCUUGUGAAAACCCCAUGGGCUAUGUUAGCAUUUCAUACACUUGUUUCUCCAAGUACAAUACACUGGCAUAAAGCCAGCCACUAACCUUCUGUUUUACCAGGUUGGUAGAACCGCUGCUCCAACUUAGCACGUGAAAACAUAACAAGUAUCUCAGGAGACAAAACAAUCCUAGCUUUUCUUGGUGGAUUUUUUUUAAGUAUUGUUUUAGUAUUUGAUAGAUUCUAAAUAUAUGGAGUCAUGCAGAGUUUCUUUGAGGUCUGUCAUGAUCACUACAACCAGAUUGUUCUGGGUUGUUUGUAAAUCCAUCUCCAUACACAGAGGUUGGUGUAGACCAUGGAAAACAAGUUUAAUUCUGACCUUGCCUUGGUUGUUGCUGAAGUUGACAAAGUCAACUCAAGCUUCACCGUACUUUAAGAAAAUGUGGUUUUCAAAUAAUAAUUGCUAACAAACGUUACAGAUUCUCGACCAAAAUAAGUUGUAGCUAAAAAGAAUGUAGACUACAUGUAUUUUAUUAGCAGCUUAUCUCUAAUUCUGCUGGUUUAAAAUACAUUUAAUUAUUUACUGAAGUUUCAAUGUGUAUAUAUUCUGUCUUUGGUUGAUAUAUAUGAAGAUUUUUGAUGGCAUAUCUUAUUUUAUUGUUUUCUUUCAUUUCUGAAUGAUAUGCAUCUGUCACUGAGUUAAUCACAGUACAUGCACACUGAUUGCUUCUUUCCUUCAUUGUGCUUUUUGGUUUGCAACAUUUAAGGCUCAAUUCAAUGAGUAUGUAUUAAGUGGAUAGAAAAUAUUCUUUUUACAUUACUUAUGUGGCCAUUGAUAUCUGCAAAAUAGGAAUGGAAUGGGAAUGUUUCCCAUGCUUCCUGUACAUCCAAAUGAAUUGUGGCUCUGACAUGAAUGGUGGCCUUUCCUUUCUUAUCACAAGAGGGCCCACAAAACCACAAGAGAAAACAAGGGUGGGAAGUCACGGCAGUGAGCCCAGUGGGCAUUCGGCACCUGGGCAUCAAGCCCAGGGCUGUUGAAUCCAGCAGGAGUUGCUUCUGGCUAUACUGAGCUCCAAUAUAAAAUAAGACAAUCUCAUUCAGGAAACUGUUAACUUCAGGUAGAUUCAGACGUUUUUGUUAUUCUCUUACUGUCUAACUCUCCCAGGGGAAAAAGAGACAUCCCACAUCAGCAGCAUAUAGAAGAAUGCUAGGCAGCAACUUGACCACUGGCACAAUUUUUCUUCAAAUUCAAUGGUGGGUCCAGCAGGCAUAGUAAAUAUAUUGUCUAAAGCUGCAGAGUUUUACUGGUCCUCUUGAAUGCAGACACAGAAAAAUGAAAGUUUGAGGGGAGAGGAAUAAAGCUGAGGUUAUAGCAAAUGAGAUGAGAGUUACAUGCCCUACAAAAGAAAGGACCUUUUUUUACCUGUUGUCUGGGAGCAGAGGAGGUACAGGGACUGCACUGUAAGUACAAAGGAAGCAGAAACUGUAUGGCCAUAUGAUAAUACCAGGAACAGUGAUAGUCGUCAUCUUCCUGAUGCAUCCAACAACCAGAUCAAACAAAUGCAUCGCCCAAUUACUUAAGCAAUUUUAAAACAUUUGCAAAAAUGUGGCACAAGUUUGUGUGUGGAGUGCUGUGUUCUGCUAUGCUGUCUCUGAAACUAUAGGACCCGUUUUCUUGUUUGCUCUGUCACGUAAGAAACCUUGAAGUCACACCUGCUGGCCGUCCCUUUUUGAAGGAAGUUUGGCCCUGCAUAGACUCAGAUCGCUAUUGGUGUAAUCGUGAAAGCCAGAUCUGGGUAGCCUCCACAGCCUUGCUGUCUCUGUUUGGUGCUCCAAAUUGCUCUGGAGAGAGACUUCAGCCUUCAUAAAACAUUCACAAAAGGGUUUUGGUACCAGUUCAUUCCAGGCUGCUCAAGGCCAGUCAUGGCUGUGACAAAAAAACUUAAAAUGCAUACACAUAUAUUAACUAUAUAUAUGUAUAUAUGUGUGUACGUGUGUGAAAUAUAUCUAAUUUUUAUAUAUGUGAUAUAUAAAAAUGUAUGUAUAUAUAUGUGUGAUUUUUUUUCACAUAUACUAUAUAUUAAUACAUAAAAACACAGCGCAGCACGCAGCAGCACUUUUCCUAAUGCUUACUGGUAGCCUUGUAGGGAAAGCACUGUAAUCAACAUUUCAAGUGUCAGAUUGGAUUGUGAGGAAUUGGUGAUCAUUUUGCAGACAGUUGCAAAACAUUUUCUCCUUGGUUCCUGCCCACAUUUGGGCCAAACAAAUGGGGAGCUCAGACAUGUAUUUGUCACAGUGCAGUAACACCUUGAGAAGUACAAGUGGCAGCAGAGAUCCUGAGGGGUAAAAGUGGCUUUCAGAGUCUUCCCUUCAAAAACAGCAUUGUGUCUUCAGAUGUUGAACCAGGACAGGAGAACAAUAUUUCCGUGGGAGCUCAGCAAGAUUGUCCAGGAGCAUCUGCUCAGAACUGCCAGCACUGCCAUUGGCUUGGGGUACCUCUCAAUCUCUCUGCUUUGUCCCAUCAAAAUAUUUUUAUUUAAAUUAGCACUACAUUUUUCUGUAUCACCAUCACUGACAUGCCUUCAACUUCAUAAUUCUACAAUUAAAUCUUCAAUUGAACAUCCUGAUACUAAAACCCACUUCCUGAUAUUUUUUGGUAUGCAAUCUACCACUCUUUGAAUGAAACCUGACACAAUCCCAAGCUGUCCACUUACAUAACACUGCAUUGAAUUGACCCUCAGUGUUAAAUCUGUUUGAUUGUAAUAGUUCUGAUUUGGUUUUUUGUUUUGUUUUGUUUUUUACAUAUGAAUGUUUUUUCUCCAUUGUGGAAUUUUAUGCAUUUUCAGACUAUAUUUUUUAAAGCACUUCACAUUUCUAUUUAAAUGUUGGGGGGAUUUGCUUCUUUUGAUUCAUUUUGUUUCUGCAUUACAUAUGGAAAAUAAUAUUUUCAUUCUUUCUGUUACCAGGUUUGUUUGUUUGUUUUUUUCUUCUUAACAGUUUUACACACUUUAUAAUCAAAAUAAAAGUUUGCUGGUGAAACUACAAUUUGGCAACAAUGGUAGUGUUUUAUUUGUUACAUUACCUGCUCUUGGGGACCGUGACCUAAAUCAGUAAAAACCGACCUCAUUCUUUAUGGUAAGGAUGACAGAGCCCUGGAACAGAUUGCCCAGAGAGGUUGUGAAGUCUCCUUCUAUGGAGAUGUUUAAGACCUCUCUGGACACCUACCUCUGUGACCCACUGUAGGGUACCAGCUUUAGCACAGGAGGGUUGGACUCAGUGACCUCUUGAGAUCCCUUCCAACCCCUAUUAUUGGAUUUGGAAACCUCGUGGAACAUUGUUCUUUAUGAACAAGUUAAUCACUGGGUGUGCAAUUGAAUGGAUUUGUUUGUUAAGACUGAAAUUCUUUGCAUUCAUCUGUUCUGAUUAAUAAUUCCUGUAGCAUUGAAGUAGAAGAUGUUGGUUAUGAGAAAGUUGGCCCAAAAAGUCUCUGAUGGAUAUGCAAACUGUACUUCCUUUUAGUUAGUUAUGUGAUCAGACAACUUUUUUCCCUCGUGAUCUUAUUUAGGCACUUUCUGUCAGCAGAUGAGUUGCAGGGAAGCAGCUCCUAAAUGCAGCGAGAGCAUCGGGUUUCUUUGGGGGAAGAUUUACGUAUUCCUUUUUCAAUGAUUCCCUUUAGCAUACAUCAUAUUUUUUCUACUUAAGUGUUCUAUUGUGUGGUACAGGCAGAGCUCAGCUGCUUAUGUUACUUCAUAUUUUCACAUGGCCUACAAGUCAACAAUUUUGAAUAGAAGUAGACAAUGAAAGGCUAGAAUAGAAAAUGCCUAAAGCAAGAGUGCUAAAAUUUGUAUUUUAAAAUUCGGGUGACUAAAGUCAAAAUGAAAGAAAAUGCCGUAGGAUUGUUUCAUUGUCAUCUGUAAGAAAGGACGCGCUUCAGAGAAGGUAAGUCAAAAAACACACUUUAAUUUAUACAGAGAGAAACAAAAUAUCCACAUUGCAUAUUUUUCUCUACAAAUUGAGUUUCUCUAAAAAAGGCAACUCGGGUGGUCUUCUAGCUGUUCUGUUUAUUGGUACUGAAUGUAAACAUACAUACAAAAGCAACCAGGGAGUUAAGACAUUAUUUAUUUGGGUUUUUGUACAACCACAGAUGUGACUUCAAAAUAUGUAACCUUGGCUACAAAACUUGUGUAUUUCUGGGACUCAACAUUCCCCUGACAGGGGCUUCCUGCCUUUUUUUUUAAUUUCACAUAGAAGGAGUCAAGCUGGAAUAGGUUUCAUCUGAAAUUAAGAACGCAACACAAACUGAAGUGGAAAAUGAAGAGGUUAUUCCAUGUGGCUUAUUCACCAGAACCCAGUGAUCGUACAUGUACACAUUUACAGCAUAAAAGAUGGCAGCAGCGGCAGCUUUCUGUGAGAACAGUCUCCCCUUGUGUUUCUACAAUGGAACCAAAGAGCUGAGGGAGGCUUAUAGCGUAUCCUGUACAGCACGUACAUGCAAUGAAGUGCCUGCAUAUGAAGUGAUGUAAUCUGCUCAAGGGAGCUCUAGAUUUUAUUUUACAAGCACAAAAAGAAGAAGAAGAAAAAAAAAAGCUACAACCGAAGUCAAUAAACUAUUCCUUUUUUUUUUUAAUUUUAUGUCU